CGGCAUCAGUUUUUUUUUUUUUUUUUUUUUUUUUUUGUAGGGUUAGGAUCGAAGCCGUGUGGUCGUAGGGAGGAAGAGAGAGACAAGGCAAUCGGGGGCGGAAGGAUUACGGGAGCCAUGGCAGACUCUGCAGAAGGAGCACCGAUUACCACCUCGGCCGUGUUGAUGUCAGCGUCGAAGUACAUUAACUCCAAGUGUAGCGCCCACAACCGAGCGUUUCUAGAUUGCAAGAAGAACGAUCCCAAUCCCGAGAAAUGCUUGCAGCAGGGUCAAAAUGUUACGCGGUGUGUCAUCUCUUUGUUGAGGGAGCUGAAUACCAAGUGCCCCAAGGCCAUGGAGUCCUACACGAAGUGUAUGGACUACUAUAGCAACGAGUUUGAGCUUUGCCGCAAGGAGCAACGAGAAUUCGAAUCAUGCUGCCCUCUAUAGGUCAUCUAGUUUCUUUGUAGAUGUUGACGGAUCUUCCCCUUUGACCGAUUCCCUAGGGCGGAUCACUUAUGUUGAUCUCUUUGGUACUCAAGGCUCAGGAGCAGUUCGAAUUGAUACUGCUCGUGAAACUAAGUUGCAAGAGACCCUCUGUCAUCGGACUCGGUGAUUUCAGUUUAUGAAGGUUUCUUCCCAUUUCCACCACGGCGGACAUUUCCUAGUUUGUCAGUGGAUGUUUAGUUUCACCUACAGCGGAUUGAUCAGAAAGAACGAUCAUGCUGCAAUAAUGGUGCCUGACGAGACAUUAUGUGAAGCAUGUUCCGAAGUUUUAGUCCAAGCAUUUUAGUUGCAUCUGGAGGUUGGGUGAUUCAUUCUGCAGGUGUAUUGGGAGAUGAAUUGUGGUGUACUGGAACCAUUGCUGGCAGCACGAUAGAUGGGGCAGGCGCUUCUAUUCAUUAGCAUCUCCCCUGGUCCUCUGUAUUCCGCCUGUGAAGGCGCUCUGCUGGAAUGCAACACAUGUACUAGAGCUUCUCCACUGUUGAA